AGCAAGUUGAGCAAACAUUUAACCCAACCACUGGGUUUGUCCAUUUUCAUUGCUUUUAACCCAGCACUUUUUAGAGUGUAAGAAUCAGAAAGCUAGGGCGCGUACAGUAUGUGAGAGAGAGAGAGAGAGAGAGAGAGAGAGAGAGAGAGAGAGAGAGAGCGCGCGAUGCUACAGGCUCCUCACACGCUCCUUCAGUCAGUUUUUGAGCCUCUACAGGCUUGCAGGUAGCUACAUGACAGCCGUCGCGAAGACAAAAAAGGGCUUCGUUUGAAUUUCCUCAUAUCAGCAUCCGCUGAACGAUGUAACGCGUCGCGCGCGAGUCUGACGGGCUGACGCUGAUGUGGAGCUGUCCGCGGUGCUGAAACCCUCAGACCCACAGCGACAUUCAUCGACGUGAAUGAGAGACCAGCGGCGGACAUUCACAUCCAGCCUGCGCGGAAAGGAUGAGGAGGGUCUUCAUGCCCACACCGCUGCUCCUGUUGAGCUGUUUCGGAGCGUCGUGGGUCUUGGCUGACAGUCUGGCUGCUCCAGUGAACGUGUCCAUCAGAGAUCUGAAGGGCAGCUCAGCUGUGGUGACAUGGGACACCCCGGACAGAGAGCCAGUCAUCGGCUUUGCCAUCACACAACAGAAAAAAGAUGUUCGCAUGUUGCGCUUCAUCCAAGAAGUGAACACUACCACGCAGAGCUGUGCAUUGUGGGAUCUGGAGGCAGAUACAGACUACAUUGUGCAUGUUCAGUCUAUCAGUAUAAGCGGACCGAGUCCCCUCAGUGAACCGCUGCAUUUCAAAACCCCGAAAGAAGCAGAAACACAGGCCUCUAAGAGCAAAGACGAAGUGACCAUGGAGGAAGUUGGUCAGAACGCUCAGCUCAGGGCGGGAGAGCUCAUCAUUAUUGUGGUGGUUCUGAUCAUGUGGGCAGGUGUGAUCGCGCUCUUCUGCCGGCAGUACGACAUCAUCAAAGACAACGAGCCAAACAAUAACAAGGACAAAGCCAAGAACUCGUCAGAAUGCAGUACCCCUGAGCAUCCAUCAGGGGGGCCUGCUGCGCAGUAAGGUAUAACCACGACCCUAUGAGAGUCCAGACCACACUAGGCAGUUCCCCAUGAACAACAACAAUAACCGAACGCCAUCUGUGAACAUUAUCAAAGUGUGACGGGAAUCGUUUUCACUUCAAAGGAUUCUGCUUUUACCACACGGCUGCAGAACGGCUAUGUGUGCUCCUCCUCAAAACAGGAAGCAGGAAUUUUGGAAGUUUCCUGAUGACAGCUGGAAUAAUCCUGCGGGCACAGUGAGCAUCUGAAAGAGAGGCCAGAAAGGUGAACUUUCACACAGACCUGCUCUGGCUCCAGCUGUUUGGAAAUCUGUGGCUUUUCGGGGACAGGAGAAAACCCUCUGAAAGAAAUGCAGGGGGAAAGACUCUUCUCCAGACCCAUUCAGAACACUUCUCUUUUAAACUUGAACACUCUUGAGCCUUUAUCUGGUUUUCUCUUUAACCCUUUCCAAAUGGCAUGAUCCACAUUCCUCUGUUCAAUGGAGAUGAAGGCUUUUAUAAUGAAGUAAAUCUAAAGUAAGAACCAAAUGGAGGACAUACACUGGGGUUCAAAUGUCUGAAACCACAUCUGGGAUUUAAAAUACCAGAUAAUCCUGGAAAUAAAUAAAGUUUGGGGAUUUUGUAAUAUUCCAGACAAAGAACAGCUAUAAAAGAACAUGGAAUUUAAUAAAUAAAUAAAGAAGAAAAUGUAAGCAUUUUACUAAUGGUUUCAGACUUUUUGGACCUCACUGUAUAAGAUCAGAUUUGACAGCGAGUGGUCAGAGACUAAUAAACAGUCCUGAAUAUGGAUGUUUCACAUCAAGAUCCUUCAAGGCUUCAUCAAGCGCUUCUUUUCCCAAACACGUUUAUUCAAAUCGCUUGUUCCCUUCCUGGGAGAGAAGCGUUCAUACAGAGGAUAGGCGGCUUAUUUUGGACUGGUUCAAAAGAGUUGACAAAGAGAUGAAAGAAUAGUGUGAAAUAAUUUUACUGACAGCUCUCAUUUCAGCAUACUGAAGCGGCUUUUACUUCUAUUGAUUGUGUUCUUGUUUACACCUGCAGAGAUACUUGACAAACAAAACGGAUAUAUACUAAACCAGCAGUGCUGGGGAAGAUACUUUAAAACUCUUUAAGCCACUCGUCAUUUAAGAAAGGUGAGAUUCAUCAAAGCUACUCUGAAAAAUGUACGCUGAAGCUUUUUAAGCUUAAAAUGAAUAAUUUAAUCAGAUCUGUAUUUGUUGUGGCACAAAAUAAGGGGAUUUAAAUGAAUAAACACUCAAUUAGAGUGACUUAAUUAAACAUGAACAGAUAAAUUUACACUAAAUACAACAACAAACUAGAAAACACUCACUUAUAUAGCCAAGUUAAAAUUUUAGUAACAUUUAACAAAAUAUUUCACUAUUAAACAAGCACUUAAAAUGCCAUGCAGAUGCAGGGACUCAAACGAGUGAGUUGUUUUUUUAAUCUGAAAUAAUUCACUAAAUUAAUUCACUAAAUACACUCCAGUGUUAGGAGAGUGUGUUUGAUUAUCACCUCGGUGGGUGAUAUAAUGUGACAUAAAAACAAAUAUGGGGGUUUUGUUAUACUGCCUUGCUACUUGUUGUACAAAUAGCUUGUUUUUGGAAAAACUACACUAUUGAAACCAGCUGAGCUACUGUCAUGGUACUAAAAAAGAUGAAUUGACAAAAAAGUACCUAUUACUGUUAAAUAUCAUACUCAGAGCUGGGUAGAUUACUUAUGAAUUGUAAUCAGUUACUGAUUACAAAUUACAAUACAAAAUUUGUAAUCAGUAAUAUAUAGUCUCUUGGAUUACACAUUUUUGGUAACGUACUUUUGGAUUACAUUUAGAUUACUUUUGCGCUAACCCUUAUUUGAUGUCACAUAUAUUGUAGGAUAAUCUUGUACUAUUUUGAAAGAUACAAAGAAAAAAUAUAUUCCAAAAAAUAUAUUCUGUUCACCAAGAAGAGCCUUAACAGAUUCUUUUUAAAGUGCAAUGUAUGGACCAUUAAUACUUCAAAAUACUGACACUAAUACACCUGUUAGUGUUUACUGAUAGUAACACUGAAUAAAACAAAAUCACAUCUUAUGAUUUUAAAACAUUUUUACUUAAAAUUAAGUAAAUUUAGAAAACAGCAACUUUACAAAAACAAAUAUUCUUGUUGUUGUUGAUUUCUGUGCACGAUUCCACACCCCUCCCCCUCAUCGCCAGAAAAACUCAAAGAAUCAUGAACGUAUAUAAGCGGCAGGUUUGUUAUGAAAAAAAAUAUAAACAUUAAAAAAAUGAAAAAUUAGGAGAAUCAAUGAAUUGUGAACAACUUACUGCCAUUGUGUAAAUAAUAUGUAAUCAUGUAAUCCAUAAAAAAGUAACUGUAGUCUGAUUACGAGUAUUUUUAAAAGUAGUUUACUCUAAUUACAAGUACUUAAUUUUUGGAAUCUGAUUACAUAAUCCGGAUUACAUGUAAUCCAUUACUACCCAGCUCUGAUCAUACUUUAGUUUGGUUGUGUAUAUUUCCUUAGGCUAUAUGUAGUGUUUAUUCUUUAAUAAAAGGUAUUGUAGUAGGGCUACGAAAUUUAAACAUUUUAAAGGGCCGGUUCCACACAGACCAUAUUUCUGCUGUUAAAAAUGAAAGAUAGAGAUCAGUGUAAUAAAAGACCCCAGCAAAGUCUAAAAAUGUGUUUUAAAAAAGUUGAACUUUUGAGUGUAGCAUUUUUAGAAUGCUGUGUCAUGCGCGAGACGUCCGUCUAGCAUGUUUACAUUGAAAAACUAUGGAAAAAUAGUACAGUGGAAUGUAAAAACACGUUCUGUGUGAAUGGCCUCUUUACUAUUUCUCAUUAUGAUGUCAGUCCUGGUUUCAGUCAUUUUAAAUGGCGUGAGAGAAUUUCGUUGUGAUGAAUGCUAUAGAACAUUUUCUGUGGACUGCCAAUCGGAACUUCUGCUAAUAUGAUGUUUCUCCAAAGGACAUUCCCUGUGCUUUCUCAACGUCGUCUCUGAAGGAGACUAUCCUCCUCUCUAAACAAGGGCUGAACAUGCUUCACAUCAGCAAUAAUACCACGGGGGAUUCUGACCGGCCUCCAGGACUGCACUUAAACCGACAGGACCAUCAAUGGUGGUCGAUAACAUUAUGGGAUUUAACGGACAGAAAUCACUGUACUACGCUCUCAGUUUUACUGUGUGCUUUUACCACACUAACCUGAACCAGUUAAUUGUCAUUAAAUCUGAUAAAAGAAA